AUGAAACUCACCACGAACGAUCUCUUGGCUUCUCAUCCAUCAUUUCACUGCCCCUGCCACUCUCGUCCUCGUCGCCGCAGUAAUUUCCAUGGCCUUCAUCUUCCGAUCAACGUCACUAGAAAGAGAAUUUCUCUUUCCGUCGCGGCUCUUUCUGAUUCCGAUCCUCCAUCCCGAACCGCCUUCUCUCGCCGCGCUAUUCUCCUCGCGCCGCCACUCCUCUCCGCCGCUGCUUCCUUGUUUCUAAAGCCGUCUCUCUCUUUAGCCUCUGAGGAGAGCUCUUCCGCCACUGUGACUUCGCCUACGGAAUCAGCAGCUCCUCCGACUGCUCCACCGCCGCCUAAGGAAGAGACUAUAACAUCGAGAAUCUAUGACGCGACGGCGAUUGGUGAGCCGAUGGCGAUUGGGAAAGAUAAGAACAAAGUGUGGGAGAAGCUGAUGAAUGCGAGGGUUGUGUACCUCGGCGAGGCGGAGCAAGUGCCUACCAAAGACGACAAGGAACUUGAACUCCAAAUCGUUAGAAACCUGAGGAAGAGAUGCGUCGAGAGCGAGCGUCAAUUCUCUGUGGCACUCGAAGCUUUCCCUCUCGAUUUGCAGGACCAGCUUAAUCAGUUCAUGGAUAAAAGGAUUGACGGAGAGACGUUGAAGUCUUAUGUGGCAGAUUGGCCAGCGCAACGCUGGCAAGAAUAUGAGCCUCUUUUGACUUAUUGUCGUGAUAACUCGGUUAGGCUAAUUGCUUGUGGCACUCCUCUCAAGGUUUUAAGAACUGUCCAAGCAGAGGGUAUCCGCGGUCUAUCAAAGGCUGAGCGUAAAUUAUACACUCCACCUGCUGGUUCUGGGUUCAUCUCAGGAUUUUCUUCGUUUUCACGUAGAUCUACAUUCGAUACGAGCCUCCCAACGCAGAUUGUUCCGUUUGGACCAAGCUCUUAUUUGUCAGCGCAAGCAAGAGUUGUGGAAGACCAUACAAUGUCACAAGUUAUUUUACAAGCAGUGGCAGAUGGAGGUGGGACUGGUCUACUAUUGGUGGUGACAGGGGCGAGUCAUGUUGAGUAUGGCUCGAGAGGGACGGGGUUGCCAGCAAGGAUCUCAAGGAAGUUCCCGAAGAAAAACCAAGUCGUUGUGUUACUAGACCCUGAAAGACAGUACCUGAGAAGAGAGGGCGAGAGUCCAGUUGCUGAUUUCUUGUGGUAUUCCGCAGCUAGACCCUGCAGUAGAAACUGCUUUGACCGAGCAGAGAUCGCUCGAGUAAUGAAUGCAGCUGGCAGGAGGCGAGAUGCUCUUCCACAGGAUAUUCAAAAUGGAUUGGACCUUGGUUUGGUGUCACCUGAGGUUCUGCAGAAUUUAUUUGAUUUGGAGCAGUACCCUCUUAUUUCUGAGCUUGCUCAGCGGUUCCAGGGUUUCAGAGAAAGGUUGUUGGCUGAUCCGAAAUUCCUGAAUAGGUUAGCUAUUGAAGAGGCGAUAUCAAUAACAACCACACUUCUAGCACAAUAUGAGAAGAGAAAAGAGAAUUUCUUUGAAGAAAUCGACUAUGUUAUAACGGAUACAGUGAGAGGAUCAGUUGUUGAUUUCUUCACAGUUUGGCUUCCUGCACCGACCUUGUCUUUUCUCUCAUAUGCUGAUGAGACCACUGGACCAGACAGCAUAGACGCCCUGAGAAGCCUCCUAGGAUCCAUACCUGACAAUGCGUUUCAGAAAAGUCUCGCUGGAAGAGAUUGGACGCUGAAUCUUAGAGUUGCUGCAGUUGUUGUUGGUGGCUUGAAGCUUGCUGGCGUUGGAGUCGUUUCCAGUUUCGCAGCUGUGGGAGCUUCAAAUGCAUUGAAUGCUGUUAGAAAAUUCAUUAAACCAGAGCUGGUUGUUGCUCAGAAACCUAAGAGAUCUCCUCUUCUGAAGACGGCAAUGGUUUAUGGAGGUUUUCUGGGAACAUCUGCAAAUCUUCGUUACCAGAUAAUUGCUGGAUUAAUAGAGCAUCGCAUAUCUGAUGAGCUUUCUUCUCAACCUCUACUUGUAAAUGUGAUUUCAUUUGUUGUGAGGACACUUAACUCAUAUUUUGGAACACAGCAAUGGAUUGAUCUUGCGCGCUCUACGGGUCUACAGACUCAGAAAAGCAUCCUAGCCUCUGAGGAAAUUACGGAGCCGUUGGAAGAAUCUACUACGGUGGAGAGUAAAGCUACGGAAGAGGAAAGUAUUGACAAGCUCGAUAAUCAAUGA